GCGGCUGGGCACCGGCUCCGCUCCCGCGUCGGCCCGCGCUCCAGCUGCGCCCGGCCCGGCCCCGGCCUGGCUCGGCCCGGCCCCGGCCUGCGAGCGAAGGCGCCGCUGCCGCCUGGGCCGCUCCCAGGGCCAUGAGGAGGCGGCGGCAGCCACUGCGGCCCGCGUCAAGGUGACCGGCCGGGACUGCAGCGGCGGCGGCGAGAGCGGGCGCGGCUACUGUUUGGAAAGAGACGUGCUGGGAUGGUAUAUCCUGUUGGCCUGGGAUUAUGAAGCCCCACAUGUACUCCUGGACUUCUCCAGACAGGUUAUGUCACCGACGGAGGCUGCCCUGAAGCUCCCUGUGGCCCGGAGACUAUGUACAAGAGGAAUGGUCUGAUGGCUAGUGUGUUGGUCACCUCCGCCACUCCACAGGGCAGCAGCAGCUCAGACUCUCUGGAGGGCCAGGGCUGCGACUAUGCCAGCAAGAGCUACGAUGCCGUUGUCUUCGAUGUCUUGAAAGUGAGUCCCGAGGAGUUUGCUAGCCAGAUCACGUUAAUGGACAUACCUGUGUUUAAAGCCAUCCAGCCGGAGGAACUAGCCAGCUGUGGAUGGAGUAAGAAGGAGAAACAUAGUCUCGCCCCCAACGUUGUGGCCUUUACCCGGAGGUUUAACCAGGUCAGUUUUUGGGUUGUACGAGAAAUUCUAACAGCACAGACUUUAAAAAUAAGGGCAGAAAUCCUGAGCCAUUUUGUGAAAAUAGCCAAGAAACUUCUAGAACUCAACAACCUUCAUUCUCUCAUGUCUGUGGUAUCAGCAUUACAGAGUGCACCCAUCUUCAGGCUGACAAAAACCUGGGCUCUUUUGAAUCGAAAAGACAAGACAACCUUUGAGAAACUGGACUACCUGAUGUCUAAAGAAGAUAAUUACAAGCGGACCCGGGAAUAUAUUCGAAGCCUGAAGAUGGUUCCAAGUAUUCCCUAUCUAGGGAUCUAUCUUCUGGAUUUAAUCUACAUUGAUUCUGCAUAUCCUGCCUCAGGCAGCAUCAUGGAAAACGAACAAAGAUCCAAUCAGAUGAACAACAUUCUCCGAAUAAUCGCUGAUUUACAAGUUUCCUGCAGCUACGAUCACCUCACAACCCUGCCCCACGUGCAGAAGUACCUGAAGUCUGUACGCUACAUUGAAGAGCUCCAGAAGUUUGUGGAGGACGACAACUACAAACUGUCACUCAGAAUCGAACCAGGAAGCAGCUCUCCGAGACUGGUCUCUUCCAAGGAAGAUCUUGCAGGGCCUGCCACAAAGGACAUGGUCUUAGCGGCGGGCACUGCUGUCUUAGGGCCUCCAGGUGACAGUCAGUUCGUCGAUGCUUCCUCAGGCCCCUCCACUGGCUCCAGUUCCGCGAGGUUCAGCCGGCGGCCCACCUGUCCCGACGCGUCUGUUGCUGGCAGCCUCCCCACACCCCCUGUCCCGAGACACCGGAAGAGCCACAGCCUGGGAAACAAUAUGAUGUGUCAGUUGAGUGUAGUUGAGAGUAAAAGUGCGACAUUCCCAUCGGAGAAAGCGAGACACCUGCUGGACGACAGUGUCCUAGAGUCUCGCAGCCCCCGCAGGGGCCUCGCCCUCACCUCCUCCUCUGCCGUCACCAAUGGACUCUCCCUAGGCAGUAGUGAGAGCUCAGAGUUUAGUGAAGAGAUGUCUUCAGGGCUGGAAAGCAGGGGACGUCUCUAUGCCACCCUGGGGCCCAACUGGCGCGUUCCAGUUCGGAAUUCUCCCCGGACCCGGAGCUGCGUGUACAGCCCCACGGGCCCGUGCAUCUGUACGCUGGGGAGCUCAGCCGCCGUGCCCACCAUGGAGGGUCCUCUGAGGAGGAAAACUCUGCUCAAGGAAGGACGGAAGCCCGCGCUUUCCUCGUGGACCAGGUACUGGGUCAUCCUCUCGGGAUCCACCCUCCUGUACUACGGAGCCAAGUCCUUGCGGGGCACGGACAGAAAACACUAUAAAUCCACACCCGGCAAAAAGGUCUCCGUUGUGGGCUGGAUGGUGCAGCUUCCUGAUGACCCCGAGCACCCCGAUAUCUUCCAGCUGAAUAACCCUGACAAAGGCAAUGUUUACAAGUUCCAGACUGGUUCCCGGUUUCAUGCAAUACUGUGGCACAAGCAUUUGGAUGAUGCAUGUAAAAGCAACAGGCCUCAGGUACCUGCAAACCUUAUGUCAUUUGAAUAAGUCUCUGCAGGACUUGGCGUGACUUCAGAGGCUUCUGGAAGCCCAGCCUGGGACUGGUGGCGAAGUGCAUGUCCUGGGCACAGGCUUUUGGCCAGGGUGCUGGGUGACUCACAGCCGGACUCACGGGGACUCGGCCUGCGGCCUCACGGUCCAGCGGGCUCUGCCAGUGCAGCGUCCACCUACACCAAUCCCCAGCGACUCUCAUGACACUCAUUCUUCAGCGCCACCCCGCAGGGCCGUGGCUGGGCCCCAGACUGUGCACCCCACCCUCCCUCUCUGGGCCCUCGUCCGUCCACCAACUGCUGCUUCGAUCAGAGAGCAUCCGGCCCACGUUGGGUCCCCCGUGCUUCCUCCCGGACAAGAGUGGACAGAGUUCACCUGCAUGAGGGGCCAGAGAGAAGGAACAGACUAUGGAGUUGGCUUUUUAUACCCCAAGUGCACGGGGUCGCUCGCCCACAGGGCUGCCUCAGAUUUUGUACAACCCCCCAAGCGUCCUCUGCGUGUGUGUGCCGUGUACGUGUGCGAGUGAGUGUGAACUCUUCAAGAAACAUGCAUUUUGGCACAAGACGUGUGACAUCACACCCUUCAUUCGCUUUGAGGCCCUGCUUUCACCUUACGUGAUAGCCUUGUCCACCGAGGAAGGUCAGAGUGAGAGCCCAGAUUCCUAUGUUAAGGGUCCCUUGCAUUCUUUUACUGUAAACAAACAAUGCCUUAAAUUGUGUCUUGUUUUCUGUUCCUAUGGGUGCUAUUCAUCUGGAAGGCCUGCUGUCUGGGCCCCCGGGUCCCCUCCCGGCCUUGUUGCUGUUGGCUCUUCUGAGACAGGACCCGGCUUUAGGACUGUGGACUGGGCUGGCCUGCUCGCUUCCUCCCACCCCUCUCCUGCAGGGUCUGAAAGCCCUUGUCUUCUCACCCCUGGACCAUGCCAGAGGGGGAAAUUGUGACACUUUCUCCCAGCUUCCUCAGAAGCACUCGGAGGCCACCACGCUCACAGAGAACGGCUGCGCAGAAGCCCCUGUGCACCAGCCUCUCCCCGCAGGCCAAGGCUUUGCUCCCAUCAUACUGCCAGGGCGGGGCCCGCUGGGAUUCCUGGUUACACUGGGGAGCUGAGUGACACUGAGGCCUUAAGCUCCCCCCCAAUCUUGCCCCCAAACGCAGUCACCAGCAAGUUCUCCACAUCCAAGUCCAAGGGCACAAUUGUCGAUGAUUAUGGUGACCAGAGAGCAAAGCCCUGGGGAGUGAAUGGUCCCAGCUCUGCAUUCAGUUAAGAGCUCUUCACAUGAACAAUGUCCUUUUAUCUGUCACUGUUUGUCUUUUUAGUGACUUUUAUUUUGCACAAAUACAUUUUUAUUCAAAAUAAUGAAUAAAAGUUAGCUUUAUUUACGGUAGCUUUAUCACCAGAGCUUCUCUCUCCCCGUCCCUAAUCUGGGUGUCCAAAUUCUGAGAAGGAAACCCUGAAAUGGUUUUCUGAAUUCCCUGGGUCCUCGUUGCUAUCAUGGUUUCAGAGCUCACACUGACCAGACAUCAAACCACCCUUAAGAGUUUCUGGGCGAGAUGCUUCAAAACACCACCUUACCCAGUAAACAGUGUUGGUAAAUUUAAAAACUACCAAAGGACCCACCACUGUCUUUUGACCAAAUGGUGACAACUUUUCUGAAAAUUCUAAUGAAUCGGUGAGGAAAGUAGUUGCCAUCAGCGUCUUAUUUUUGGUUGAGCCUUAGUGUGCUCAGUAACUAGCCCUUCUUUGGAGCAAAGUCUUGAAUACUUCUGUGCCGGGAGAGACUCCAGUUGGUGCCGUCCAACCUUAGCUGUGAGGGCUCCGCCCACCGGCACGCAGACGGGGUCCGGAUGCGCACACCUAAUUCAUACCAAUGACUACUCAGAUUAGCAUCUAGAGGCUGAAAGAAAACACCAAACACUCCAACACCUCUCACUAGGACCAUUCAGGUCAACGCUUUAACCUACAUUGAAUCUGCUUCUACCGGUUAAUAUUUUUUAAGUCUUAAGUUUGGAUGGAAGCGUUAAGACUGGAAAAUCAGCCACGGACUUUCCUUGGGUUUCUCCACUGUUCAACUGUCCUGGCUCUUCUCACAUGAAAUGCUACAGAUGUCAAUCCAAAACACUCAGAAUUUCAGGCUCCACUGAAUCAGAUCAUUUUCUGCGCUUUAUAAAAUUUCUUCCUCUCUCACAAAUGUUUCCUUCUGAGCUGAAUUUGAAAUAGCACAAUUGUAAUUGUUUUCCAAAUGUCUUCUCACCCAUUGAGACGGAUCCCACAUCCCCUCCUAGAAACAUUCUUAGCUUGGAUUCUUGAAGAAUCUGCUUCGACCUUGUUGGCAAAGGCCUUCAGAACUGGUAAGAACCGUGAACAUACCAGAAGAGUCCUGGAGACAGGCUGAAAGGUGCCUGGGCUCUCCCAGCAGGGACACAGGGGCCAAACACGUAAGUGCAGAUUGUCUUCUCAGCAUUGGUUUGUCUCUCAAGCAGCAGGUGAGGAGGUCCUCAGGCUGGGACAGAAGAGACCAGGCACAAACCUCAAAAGGAAGAAAUCCACGGGUGGAUUCUCAUCCUGGAGGGAAACGUUUCUAGUUUUUGCUUCUUGACUGUCCAUAAUGCACAAAUGUUUGUGAAACCAUUGAAGGUGAUAUGUCUUACAUGCAUGUGCUGAGUUUUUUGGGGUUUUUUUGAGCAAAUAGAUCAUGGCACCCCAGAAUGAAAAUUGCAGAAUGCUUUCUACAAAUUGUGGAAUAGGUAGUUGGUAGCAUUACAAUGCCCCAAGAACAGCUCAUCUACCUCUCCCUGGGAAUAAUUUUCGCCCCUCUCGGUUGGAACGUGUCUUAUAACUCAAGGUCAGCCAAGUGCAUUCUAACAACUGAAAUGCUUCACGGAGAAUUGAUUCAGUGGAGAGCAGUAGACAUAAUAUUCUGUGUGCCCAGUGAGAGAGUGUGGCCUCCCUUUCUUUCCCUGAAGAAGCCCAUACAUCACCCAUUUGUGGAACCGAAAGCAGAAGAUACUUGAAGGCAUUCUGUUUAGGAAAGAACCCACUCUC